CUUUGAGACUGUGUGCGUGUUGUUUUUCUGAGUGCAUACUGCACACGAUCUUUCCAAGAUGGUUUACUCGGUAUGCUACGCGAUAAGUUCAUAUCCCACGGUGAAACUAAGUCGGUGUCAUAAUAUUAACAAUUCGUUUUCUUCUAAUGGAGCUUUUACGCCGAGUUUAUUGUUACCCGAAGGAUCAACUGUUUUGUGCGACCAGUUUGUGUCAAGUUUUAACUGCGCAUCAUUUUCGUGUACAUUGGUGAUGGAGCACAUUUCAACUGUCUGGACGAUGUGAGCGUAUUAUCUUCUAUGAAUUCUUCAAUUGCCAUCAAAUUCAUCGUGUACUUCAAGACAGUGUUGUGUUAAUUUUCGUCUGAUAAUUUCGUUAAAGUUGAAUUUGUGUUCCUAGUUUUUACUCAGUGACUUUAAAUUUUUAAUUCCGCAACUUAAUGCAGGAACCUCAUUUGUUGACCUGGAUAUAUAUUUACGUGUUUUGGAUAUCGGAAUUGCGCAUAAGUUAUAGUUUGCCCUUGGCAAUUGUCUACGAAAGUAACAAACGUAGUUAAUUUCCGGUCGUUGGUCAGUCUAAUUCCUCCUAAUUCUGGCAUUUUUUUCCGAUUACGUGUGAGAUGUUUAUGUUAUCUCUGUCAGAUUCGUCAAAAUCACAACAAUGGUCUCCGAUGUUAGCGAUCUUUUGUUUCGUUUUCAACCAUGCUCUCGGAACUAACAUUUCGGAGAAAUCGUAAACAAAAGAUUCGUUUUAUCAGAAUCCGCAAUCCAAUGUAACAGAAUGUCUUCUACGCAGUCUAACAAUAAUACCUGCUUGCAGGGUGAAGUUUUAAGGAUGGGAACUCACAAGAAACUUAAGGUGAAGUGGACCAAAACCAACACAUUAAACUAUGAAUUUUUUCGAGCGCCUCUAUCCACUUCUCUCGCUAGACUUCUAGAUGUGAAAUCAUUUCAAUUUUUUCCCUCAAGUCUGCAGACAAUGAAAAAAAGGUUUUUUGUCAUCCGAGGAGAGACUGAAACCUCCUGUGGCUGUUUGGAAUAUUAUGAGUCAGAACGGAAGUACAAACUACACCAACCUCCAAAGAAAAUUAUUAGGUUAAAAUAUUGUUUCAAUAUUAACAAAAGGAAUGAUCUUAAAAUAAAAAAUGUACUCUCACUUUACACGAAAAGUGAUUGUCUCAGUAUAAUUUUUGAAAAAGAAGAGGUCUGUAAUGAUUGGCUGAAGACGUUAUUGGCUCUGCAAUAUGGGUCAGACUUUACUGAUGGUCAAGAAUUACAACCUCAAUUUGCUCAUGUCUGGCAUGUGAAUAUGCAGAAACGGGAACUAGGCAACAGUAGGAAUAUUCUAGGUCCUCAUUUGCUAUGCUUGACUGACAGAACACUCUCCCUCAUCAAGAUUACUGGAGAUGAUGAGCCUUCCUCUGAAAAUUUAGAUUUUCCAUUAUCCAGCAUUAGAAGGUGUGGAGACUUCUCCUCCUUCCUGUACGUUGAAGUUGGUCAAAUGUCUGUAACAGGACCAGGCAAUUUGUGGAUGGAGGCUGAAGAUGAAGUGAUUGCCAAGAACAUGCACCAUGCAAUCCUCAAUGUUUGUGCCAAUAGUAGCUCAAGGAAACCGGAUAUACAUCCUAAGGCAAGGACAAGAUCGUUUUCGAUCAACGAAGCCUCCAAGCCCAUUGAAGUAUCGCGCAGUUCUAAUGGAGACAAUAGGAGUCAUUACAAGGCACAAACAGCAAAUGAUGGAGGUAGCUUUGCUACUAGCCCAGUGUCUGUCAGUGAACCCAUGGGCUUCCUGAAGCAACAUGCGCAUUGUGUUGGUGGCGAAAAUGUUGUAGUCCAUCAUCAGCGAACACUAUCAGACCCUCUCUCCCCACUUCCUUCUCUCAACGCACGUAGAGCUAGCACGGGUAACGGUCCGAAUUUGAAACGCACAUCUGCAUCCACCUUGAAUAAUAACAGUAACAUGCGCGAACGAUGUGACAGCAUGCCAUCCAGGGCACGGAGUAACACAGAGACAUCUCAGUCACAAGGAGGGUCUCGAGCACAUAUGAAUAGGCCUCACACUGUGUACACAAGAGGCUUAUCUUAUUCGCCUCCUGUGGCGUCAAGUCCUGUCAGCCCUCAAAGUGGCGGCUGCUCAACAGAUUCAGCUGGGUCAUCAUUGUCAAUUGAUGGUGAUGGAGAACCAUGGGGUGGUGACGACAGCACUGCAAAUGAAAGUAGUUUAGUCUCAGGCGUUGGAACUGGCCGCUAUUGUCAUUUAAUUACCCCCGAUGAACCAGCCAUCAUGGAGGAAAAUAGUGACGAUUAUGGACAGUGGAAUGGUGAAGAUGCCAAAUUAAAUAAUUACAUGCCGAUGAACAGAUCAACUACUGGACAGUUCAGUCUACAGAUUCAGCCUGCCAGUAACUUAAGUAAUGCCAGUUACCGCAAAUAUCCUCACUCCAACAGUAGUUUUAAAUCUCAUUCACCAUCUCAGGGCUCGUUUAGUGACUCUCUAAUUGCUAAUGCUACGUCCCCAGCAGAGCAGAGUGCUUACACACCGAUGAGUCCUGGAGAAAGUCAAGAUACUAUUGAUAGCUAUGUUCCAAUGGCACCAACCUUUGGUGAUGAUGGAUAUGUCAAUAUGAAUUCGAACCCAAACAAAAAAAGAGGCGGCUCUCACUCACUGGCAGGGAGCACAACUUCCAUUACAUCAGGAACGCCUUCAACGGAUCUUCGUUUUUCAGAGUAUCAUCUCGACAAAGUUAAGUCUUAUUUCUCCCCUAUGGAAGAUGAUCAUGAAGAACAAAGACCAACUAGAGCUUAUUCAAUUGGUUCAAGACCUGAGAAAUUUAAGAAUAAAAAUGCCAGGAUGGAACACGUAGAAAAAAGUGACAAUUCACGCGUUCGAGCUUUUUCUGUAGGGAGUAGGCCGAAUAUUCGUCCUAAUAUCCCAAAGAAGCCUCCUGCUUUUGUGUCCUCUUCCCUUUCAAGUAUGGAACAGAGCGAUGAUCUGAUGGAAAUCGAUUUUAGUCAAAAUAACAAAAAAAAUAAGAAAAAGAAAUCGUACGAACAUCUCAUUGUUCCAUCAGUUAUGUCGUCAUCUGCAUCAUCCUACUCUACAGCCGAAGGGAGUUUAAUGGACAUAUCCCCUCGUUGCUCCCCGAAACUUGGAAUUAGUUGUGCUAUGAAAACUGGUUCGCCAGAUUUGGCGCCAUCGCCGCCGCGUGCUUCCUUUACCAAAAAUUACAUUGGGAGAUCACCACCGAAAAGUGCUCACCACUCUCAUUCAUUACUUGACCACCAUUUGCCUCGACUCUCCCCACCUGGCCACAGCUACUAUAUCUCGCCAACACUUCACAAAGUCAGUGAAGCCCCAGUUGGCUAUGUAGACAUGUGUCCCGGUGCUGGUGGUGAGCUGCUCCUGGCUGCUUCGCCUCCACGACAUGCUUCGAACCUAACGCAAGGAGACUCAAAUACCAGCAGCUACGUUGAUAUGAAGCCUGGAGCGGAGCAGCCGCGCGCAUCCAAAAAAGAACUUAAUCCAAGGCCUCAAAACUUUCCAACCAUUAAGCCUGCUUUGCUUAGCACCAUCGGUAAAGUUCCUCAUGUGACCAAAUGGGAUACGAAACCAGAUGCACCAGCUGAUGAAAGUAAGGUGAAUGAUUACAUGGAAAUGGAUAUGAAGAAAAAUCCAACAGCAGAGGAUAAUAACAACAAGAAUGCUGGAUUAAGUGUUGUCCUAACUGACACUGGAGAUGCAAAGCAAGCCUCACAAGGAUAUGUGGAGAUGAACUGGAAUGCCUCUUCGAAAGUCAGUUCUGAGAAGUUAAGUUCUAGCAUAGAAAACCAAGAUUACAUCAAUAUGAAUCUAGGCCAGGAAAGGAAAAAAGACACAAAGACACGUAAAACCUUGAAUAAAGGCAGAUAUAGCUCUCAACCAAUUUCUAUCAAAGGCUCGUCCGCUAAUGAUUCAGUCACUAGUCCAGUAUCAGUAAUAUCAAGGAAGCUUUCAACUGGUGCCUCGCCAAAAAUCCCAUCAUUCCUCCCAGUUGGAUUCCGGGCAUCAAUGACUCGCUGGGACAGCAAAGAAAGCUCAUCUAGUAGUAGUGGAGUCAACACUCCUACAAACUCAAAUUCAACUAUGUUUCCUUUAAUAUUAAGUUGCCCAACAUCUCCCUCGCAAGAAAAUUAUGAAAUGUGUCCAAAAAUUCCUGUGGAUGCAACCAGCGGCACUGUCAAAAUAUCAUAUCCAACAAAUGCUAGCAUAGCUGCUGCAAACAGCAAUGCCAGUAAGUCUCUAGAAAGUGUUCAAGAGGUGGAAAAUACUUCGGACUAUGUUAAUUACAACCCAAAAACUUCUAAACUUGAAGAUAAUAGCAAUUACACUGUGAUGAAAUCUAGGAAGAUGCCAGCGUCGAUGAGCCGCAAAUCAUCUGUGCCGGCAAAUUUAGGAACCAGUUCAAAGAUUAGAAUGAUAGACAAAUUACAAAAAAGCCUAACUUGUUUAUCACUAAGCAGCUCACUGACAAGUAGUACCUCAAGUGGUAGCAAUACAAAAAACAGUGUAAAUGCAACUAGUGUUAGUAAUUGUAGUAAUAGUAUAGCUAGUAAUGUUAGUAGUAAUGCAAGUGAUAGCAGUUGUAACUAUUGUGCUAUUAGUGCAAAUAAUGCCAAUACUCCUCAGAAUCUAACUAAAGUUCCUAGUGUUGCUAUGACAUAUGAUAAUAUUUCUUCCUCUCUUAAUACUGCCACAACGAAGAGUGCGGUAAGCUUAGCAGCAAAAUUAUCAGAAACCUCUUCAUCAGUUCCUGCUCCUUCUCAGUCGUUAGCCUCGUCAAACGCAAAUGAGACUUUGAAGGGUGAAGACAAGUCUGAGUUAUCAAGACAAACGUCAUCUAGCGGGAGCUGUAGUGAUGCCUCCAUUGUUUCAUCUACUCCUUUCUUUGGAUCCAUCAAACCACCCACUGUUAGUCAUGAGAAAGAAAUUCAAUAUGCAACUUUAGACUUACCGCGUUCAGAUUCUGAAGAAGGCAUUGGAAAGUCGGAAAAUGGAUCAAAAAGUUCAUCCGAUCAGUCAGCAAACCAAACAACUUAUACAGAAAUUGACUUCUCCAAGUCAGCGUCUGCUUCAGGUGCUUCCACGGAUUCCAAUCAAAGACGUUAAUCCAAGUAUGUAGGAUCAUCUGUGAAAUGAAGGCAUGGACAUAGUAAAAAUAAAAAAAAAAACCUGUGACUAGAUUAUGAUAACUAAAAUAAUAAACACAUUUUGUUAGUGUUGAUAGAGGAGUAUUGAUAAGGCUGAUUAUGUCUCUUGAUUUGGAUUUUUAGCAGACUGCAUUUAUUUUGUAGAGAUAGAUUGGUUCUUACCCUACGCAUGCAACAUAAAUAGUGCACAGUUAAACUUGGGUCUGAGGAGGAAACAAUAAGAUUGAAUCGCUCACUUUUUGCAUUUCUGGAGUUUCAUUAAUUUUUUAUUGAAAUUAAUUUUGUAUUUAUGGCGUACAGUAGAAUUUUGAAUCAUUGGAUCACUGGGGGCAAGCAAAAGAAUUUGUUAAACUCCAGAACCCAUUAAUUCAAUUAUAUAGUUUUUGGCAAAGCUAUGCAAAAAUCUGUGAAGUAUAACUUCAUGUAGGAAAACUUAAAAAAUUCAUUUUUCUCCUCAUGGAAAAGUGAGGUUGAUAAAUAAAAGUUGGUUUGAGAAGAGGAGUGAUACAGAUGGUUAUGAUGCUUGCUGUCCUACCAACUAAGUACAAAUUUUGAUUCCCUGCAAUUUUCGUCAGGUAUACUUUGAGUAUACAUGCUCAUUUCAUUAGCGAUCAUUACUCGACAAUUUUGGUAGUAUUAUUGGUUAGGUGAAAAAUUAAACUACUGGUAAUUCUCUCAUUAUCGUGCCAUAUAAAUCAGACACCAAUCGGCAACAUUACUGACUUAACCGUAGAUGCUGUUACUGAGGUAUUUCAUGGCUAUUACUCUCAUACGAUUAUGCCAACAGGCAGGGUAUGUGCGGAAUUGACUUUUGGAGAAAAUCGACAAAAGACUAUGUGUCCUUAUGAUUGAAUAACGGUUUUAAUGGUGUGUACACAUAAGAUCUGUCAAUAUGAGAGACGGUUUCACUGCUACAUCACAAAUAUUAGACAGAAAUUUAUACCAACAAAACUAUCAAACUUGACAGUAAUGCCAUUGUCCACCUUAAAAGUUGUUUAUGGGCAAGUUAACUAUCACUGAAUACUUUAUCAAUUUUAACGAUAAGCAUUCAAUUUCUUAGGGGUGACAAAGCUGAAGAACCAACCUCUCACACCAAUCAGUGCACAUGAAAUCUGUACAUUCUGAACUGAUACACCAUUAUUUUUACACACAAGUGUCUUCCGUAACAUAACAUAGCCUACUUACUAAACAGAUCAUCUGAGAGAGCCCUCUAGCAUAAGGAAAACAGUGAUGGACACAGCAUGAACUCUCCUCUGAUCGGCUUGUCUGACUCAUAAUACUGUGUGUUCCAAAGCACCCGUCCAGUAUCUUAUUCUAGGAAACGGCCGAAAAUUGAGCUUCGGCUCUUCAGGACAAAAAUUUAGAGGGGAAAAUCGACCCUAAAGAAUUCAAUGAAAAAUAUUUUCAACCCCCCUAAAUCGCAUUUUGGGGGCUUUUAAGAAGGGUGCCCCCCGUUUCUCGCAUAUUUCAAGUAGAAAGGGUAUGUUUUGAGUUAAGCGUUAUAUUCUAUGGAUAAAAAUAAGAACUUUUCGCUCUCUGCAUUUUUUCCCAAGACCCCCAUUUCUUGGAGUUAGGGGGCAUUUUGUGGACAUAUUCUAAUCAGACACUGUAGAUCACUGUGUUAAAUUAUCCGAUUUUCAAAAUCUGAAAGUCUUUUGAGAGAAGAGGUCAAUACCUUUUUAUUGAUGUGCCGUAUGACCCCUGUUGAUCCAAAAUUAUGGGGGCCACAACCCCCAAAAAUUUUGGGGCUUUGGAAAAUUUCAAAUAGCAAGGGUAUGUUUUGACUUCAGAUUUGGAUUCAACGCGAAAAGUUACAUGGAAUUCAUAUGGCGCAUGGCCUAUUCGAUCCAAUUUUUUUUGCCCUUUUUUUCCCUCCAAAAAUACACGGAUUCUUAAGGGAAAAUGGGGUUCUAAAGUAAUUUGGAGCAAAUAGGCCGUGCACCAUUAUCAAUUCUACGUAACUUUUCGCGUUGAAUCCAAAUCUGAAGUCGAAACAUGCCCUUGCCAUUUGAAAUUUUCCAAAGCCCCAAAAUUUUCUGGGGGUCGUGGCCCCCAUAAUUUUGGAUCAACAAGGGUCAUGUGACACAUCAAUAAAAAGGUAUUGACCUCUUCUCUCAGAAGACUUUCAGAUUUUGAAAAUCGGAUAAUUUUAACGCCUACAGUGUCUGAUUAAAGUAUGUCCAAAAAAUGCCCCAAAAUCCACAAAGAGAGAGAGAGAGAAAAAAAAAAUGCAGAGAAAUGCGGUUUUGGGGGGCUAAUAAUAUUUUCAUUGAAUUCUUUGGGGUUGAUUUACCCCUAAAAGUUUUUGCCCUGAAGUUCAAUUCUCGGCCGUUUCUGAGAGAAAUAUAGUGAACGAGUGUUCUGGAACACCCAGUAUAUAUCACAGGCUUGUGAUCUAUGUAGAGCGUUUGCAUUAGGGGGGGCUGUAUGUAAUUUUUUUCUAUAUCCAAAAACCCUUAAGUUGUCCAUAGUUAGCAAAAGAGCGAAAAAUAAUCCCAAGUCAUAACUCCUUCAUUUUCAUUGAAAAUAUGGGAGUUGCUGUUCAGAGAGCUGAGUUUUUUAGUUUUUCACUAUAAAAUUUCUCCAAAUGUCCAGGUAGGUCAAAACUUUCAUUUACUAAGAUAUUCAGGUAUUUUGAGUCAUGGAAUUGAUUUUAAAAAAUGAAAAAAAUUGAUUUAUCUAGCAUAUUUAAUAUCAAUUUUUGUGAUAUUUCACGUCAGAAACAUUCAUUUUUCGGUAAAUUUCACACCUGUACUGACCUCUUGAGAGACUUGCAAGACCUAUUUUACUGAAAUGACCUUUAGAUUGAGUCAAUUUCCAGAACUCACCUCAAGGAAGCGGCUGCUAAUUGAGUCCCACAUGUGCCUCUCUAAUAUUUCUUCCCUCUAGGCAUGUUUGAUUACUCUACUUGAGUAAUAAGAAUCAUUUCACACCAAGUGGGGAUCAUUUUACGUAAUGUGGCUUUUUCUAGUCAAACUGACACAAGAAACAUCAUGUAACUGCAAAGUUUUCAAAGAUCUUUUUUGAAUUAUCUUGACGUUGCCUCUCAGAUGAUGGUAUUACGUCCUGGGCUUCAAAUUUUGCUUGAGUGAAACCGUCCCUUCGCUUUUCACCACAAACUGAUUUAAAGGCUUCAUUCACAAGUUUGACACACCUUCUAACAUUUUGUGUCCGCCGCGGAAAUUUGCAGUUGGCUGUUUCUUUAAUUUCUGUUGGUAAUUUGUUGAACAUGUUUUGACCCUCAGCCACCAUGGAAUUUUAUCUGCUGUGUCUCUUGUCUUUUGUUCUCACCUCCCUUUUAUUCCUAGUGUUGUAAUGGUGUACGUCUUCAUUUUUUAAUGAUUUAUAUUUUAUGUUAGAAUAUUUCAUGAUUAAACUCAAAAUUUUAAGUGCUGGAACUGCUAUUGAUUUGUUCUCCCGAUAAAUAUCUCUACAUGAUGCAUCUUUAUCCAGAUUAUUAUUCAUAAUUCUAAUUGCUUUUUAGCUAAACGCGAAAAACUCUAUGAAGAUCCCCAAUUUUGCAAUGACACCAUAAUAAUCUGAAAACAUUAAUUUACAAGUUCGAAGAACAAUGCAUAACUAUGAUAUCUUUAAGAAUCGCUUACUUCUUGAUUAGUGUGGUUAGUCAUAGAUGUUAUAUUUGCGGAAACUUCUGAUAUUUUCGAAGAACUCAAAUCUAAAUUUAGAGUCGGAUUCUGAAUAGGUUUUGCUCCCAGAUUCUUUGUCCUAUCCUUUGGACAGAAUGAGAGAUGAGGCUCAAAAUAUUUAAUUUACAAACUUUAAUCAUGUAUCUCCAGAUGAAGAUGGUGCUGUUAAGUUCCUUAAUCUAUAUGAGGCCAUCUAUAUGGUUUUCGCACUUUACUUGACAGUCUGACUGGAAACCUAAAUACCCUUACACUUAACAGGAGUAAUAAUUAGAUCUUAAUUCAUGGACCUCAUCUCUCAGCCUGUCAGACAACAUUUGCGGGUCCAGCGAAUUUACAACAUUGUCUUUUCUCCAUCGAAACCUAUAGAAAUGUAUAGAUUCUUGGAGGGGCCAAGUGCUCCGAUAAGAAUCGAUUAUUUAGCAUAGGUUUAAAUAGAGGCAAUCUGGGGUUGCAAAAUUGCUGGAUCCGCCUCUGUCAGACAACAUUAUAAAUCCAGUUUUUUCCAUGUUAAUUCUACUCCAUCAGUUCCAUAAAUUUUACAUUUUUCAGCAAAUAAGUUUAGUAUCAUGUACUCUUGAAUUUCCAAUUCCUCAAUACUAUUAUGUCUAAUUAGCAAUUCGGCUCCGGCAUCAUUUAGGAGGACUAAAACAAUAUUUGUGCGGUGUUAAAAAGUUUGCUGCUGCUUAUGUAGUCUCUCACAUUAUUCAUGAAAUUUUAUGAUGAGAAGCAGACCCUAGGAUAGAUCCUUGAGGCACACCAUACUUUUUUGGUUCUCCGAACGAUUUGACCAAUCCUCCUUUUUCUCUGAGUGUAAUAAAUUGCUUCCUGCUUACAUUUGUGGUUGCUUCUAAACUAUGCAAAAGGCAUUUCAGCUGCUGCAACGCCAAUGGCCUCAUCAGUAGCUCUGCAAACUUUGAAGCAAAGAAUUAUGAACUCCUAUGUUGAUAGCACAUCUAACUGCCCUGUAGAUUUAAUUUUAUAAUCAAGGGGAAAAUUCUGUAUGGUAAUGAUGGUGUUCCCCAUAUCAGUGCAUGUACAGAAAAUUCCUGCGGAGAAGUUUGACGGCAAAAUACCUUAUGGAGAGCACAAAGCGCCGCUCGUGACAUUAACUCUCGUGAGAGUUGAACAAUUACUGGAUCCGAGGCUUCACUCCACUACCCCUCAUGGUCGUCCGUUGGCACCUUUUGUAAUCUUAUUGCUCCAAAGCACACUUUAUCCUCGAGGGUAGUAAUUGAAACUUGCCCAAAAAUAGUUACUGAUACUCUUCUACAAAGAACUUGUCAUGCACUGUUUUGAUGAGACGAACUCUAAUUCAAUUAUGAACGUAUUUAUGCUAAAAGGAACUAUGUCUCACACAAACCUUAUGUGCAUAGUUCCUUUUAGCAUCAAUACGUCCUUAUGACCUAAGGAGAGACCCCUUUUAAGAAUGAGACUUGCUUUUGUGAGUAAUCUUGCCGAAAAAAUCGGUUGAUUGAAUCAGCAUCUCAGUAAAAUGAUCAUUUUCCCCUAUUGUGAAAUAUACCAUUAAAUUAACAUUUCCAGUGUAAAAUAUCGCAGAAAUCUAUGUUGGACAUUUUUCUAUCAAGGAUCAAUUCCAUGACUCGGAAUACCUAGAUAUAUCUUAGAAAGUGAAUGUUUUGCCUUUGGCGCUGAUGCCGAGAGCAAUUUUAUUGUAUAAAUAUUCAGAAAGUUGAAAAAUUUAGCCCCCUUUAACUGCAAAUUCCACGAUUUCUGUAAAGAUGGAGGAGUUAUAUGACUUGGAAUUUAACUAUAUAGACUCCUCUUGACAACUUUUAAGCUGCAGAAGUUUUCGGUUUUUAAAAAAAUCCAUUCAGCUCAACCCAGUGUUCAUUUGAGCUCGGUUAAUGUGUUGGUGAAAGAUGGUGUGACUCGUGGGUUUUUCUUCUCAAGGUUCGUUAGUAGGUAUGUAGUGACAGAAGAAGCUAUUUUCGUAUUAAGACACGGAGAGAGAAGGGCUGCAAGUGAUAAUAGAAGGUCCCGAAAGUUUGGAAGGUUGUAGCAUGAAGUUUGAAAAGACGAGUACAUAGAUUCAUGAAUUGUUAGUUAGUUUAGAGUUGAGGAAAACCUUUGUAACAAGCUCAUGAGGCUUUCAGGGUGCACCCUGUCUAAUCCAGGAGGGCUACAGCUUCCGGAUUUGGGAGGAGUGGACUCGAGACUCUGUCAGCCAGGGAUACAAUAAUUGUUCACUUGCGCUAGACAUAGCCAAAUGAACUAAGCUCCUUUCAUCCCUUAGUGACUCUAGACCCUAAAAUCUGGGUCUUUGUUGAAGGACACAAAAUCUCUGGACUCAGUUUCCCAUUGCUGAAAGAAUUGGUAUACCACUUUUCCUGAAGAGUAAAAAUGAAAAUAACACAUCAAAUAUAUUCAGGAAUGAAACUUUCCACCAUUGAUCAAAUUAUUAUGUUGUAUGGAAAUUUUAAUCUCGUGUUGGUAUUAAUCGCUUGAUUUGGGAUGCCUGUGGUAGAGGGACUCAAUGAUUUUACUUGUUAUUUUACAAAAAAAGAAAAGGAGGUGUUGAAUCUUAGUCAACAGCUUAAUCAAUCAUACUAAAAUAAACGAUAAAUUAUUAUUAAUAGAUAGUUAAUGACAUUUUAUUGAGGCACUGGGAACUGCUGGUAAUCUCUCUUUCAUGUAGUACACAGAUUCGAACAUUGAAUUGCCAUGAAAAUGCAAUAGGAGGCAUAUUUCAAGAUUGUUGUUUAUAAAUUUAAUUCAGAAUGCAAUUUUGAACAAGAUGAAAACAAGAUAUGCUUCAAAGAAACAAUUUCAAGGGUAUUAUAUAGCUGUUGAAAACAGCAUGUUUCAGAAAAUAAGAAGUUGUUUGAUUUAACCAAGAUCCCUUUUACAGGGAUUGAGGGAUCAAUUCAUCAUGUCAGAAAGUCAUACAUUUGGAUGUGACAAAUUAAGGGUCUACCGGAUAAGGAUUGAAAUGAGACUCCUGUUGUUGAAAGUGUUGAUGUAAUUUUUGCAAUUUAGCUCACCAUGAAACUUUCCCAAUUUAACAAUUGAGAAUCUACAGUGGAUCUAAUAAUGUCCUUCAUUGCUAAUAAUUUCCUCAUGCUACAACACUGUCUCUGCAGAAGUUGGAGUUUAGCAAAAUCGGUCUGUAGUUCAAAUUAAAGUGUCUGAUGAUUUGUGCUCACUAAGUUUUUAACUUUUAAACCCACCUGUUGUUAAUUUAUCCAUGUUAUUUAAAUAUUUUUUGUAGAUCAUGAUUUCAGAAAAGUUUGUA